AAUAUUUGGUUUUUGGUCCUCGGAUUUUAAAACUACUUUCUUUGAAUGUUUUUUUGAUAGCAAUAAACAAUGGAAUUUAAUGAAAUAUAUAAAAAAGAGUAUCCACGUUUAAGCAUAGCAAUAGCUACUGGUGAUGCAAAUGUAUUUAAUAGGUUAGUAAAAUUACGGAAGGGACUAAAAGUUAAGGAUAAUCGCGGAAGAAUUCCUUUGCACGAAGCUGCAGAAUAUGGCAGAGAGGAUUUCGUAAAUACACUUUUGAAAUUUGGUAAUAAAGGCAGCGUGAAUUGUCGAAGUUACGAAGGCGAGACACCACUCUUUCUAGCGUGUAAGUUUCAUAACAGUGUUUCUUUGGUACGAGCCUUAGUAACGGCUGGAGCUAAUGUAGAUAUUGGAAAUAACGAGGGAGUGACACCCCUGCAUAUUGCCUGCGGACUGGCACGCGUGGCGGUUGCACAAGCCUUGGUGGAAUUAGACGCAGAUGUUAAUGCUAAAGAUAUGAAUGAAUUUACACCUCUUCAUACAGCUGUGGAAAACAACUUUGACUUCGUGACUUGUUUGAUUACCCAUGGUGCAGAUCCGUCGCUGCAAGACAUUUUUGGUAGAACACCUAUAUUUUUAGCUGUUCAGUAUGCAGAUGUGACUGUCAUUAAAUCAUUACUGAUGGCAGGCGUUGAUGUUAACAAACCAGCGUAUGAUGGAGUUACGCCUUUUAUGAUGGCUGCUCAGAGAGGUAUCCUGGAACACUUGGAUUUAUUACUGGAAUAUGGGGCUGACCCAAAUAUAGAAGCAAAUGAUAAUCUGAUGGCUAUACACUUGGCUCUCGGUGUAAGUGACCAUGAACCUGCUGUCAAACGUUUGCUUGAAGUCACUGACAAAAAUGCUAUCUCUGCAAACAUCAAGAAAAUUCCUGGCUAUUCCCUCGAGUUUCUUGCUCUUGAAAAUAGUACAGUGUCGUACCUAAACAUUUUAUUAGGCAGUAAACAACAACCAGAGGUAACAUUUCAGCCAAUUUGGAUAUCCGACUACCUUCGUGUUCACGAUGAUGGAUUGUUCAAUUUCGAGUGCUGUGAGGUAGUGAUGAAUGCAAAGUUUACCACAGUGAGUUUUCUAGCCUAUUUUGUAUGCAGAUUUUACACAUCAGAUUCCUUUAGCGAAAUGUUGGAAUACAUACUCAAAUGUGGUUGCCCCGUAGCUGUGGAGGAUAAAAAGUGUUACCCACCUAUACUUGCGGCAGUUCACUUACCAAGUAGCGAAGUAGCUUUGUAUUGCAUUAGCACUCUUGCUAGGCAUGGUGUCAAUGUUGAUUAUUGCUCCAGUGACAGUGCGUGUCCUGAUAUACUUAUAAGUGCCCUUAAGCAUAGCGACGCUGAAGUUAUUUUGCACAUUCUUAAACUGUCCAGCUUCGCGACACUGGACGAUAUUGUUAGUUUAGCUAUAAGAGGCUCUUGCCGAGCUAAUAAAGUGAUUCCACUGGUUGAGGUCCUGGGAGGAGCCUCACCUUCUGUGUUUGAGCCUGUUUCAGCAGUGGACUCUCCGGCGUGUAACGCCCUUCAGCUGUUCACGCCCAGGGUCUGCUCCUUGCAGACUUUGUGCAGGACGGCUCUCAGGAAGUACUUCUUCCGAAAAUACAGAAACUGUAACAUCACAGACAUCUGCCAGAGGCUUCGCAUUCCAAAACUGUUGGUUUCUUAUUUGAAAUAUGAGAACUGUGAAUUCCCCAAGUUGUAAUAUGAUGUUUCUUAUGUUUUAAUUUGUAAGUUGAUAAUGGAUACUUAGGAUUUUUUGUACAGUGCUAAGUAAAAUAUUUAGAGGCAAAAUUUUUAGUGACUACCUAGCAACAAAACAGAAGUACAUAAUACAGUCGUAAUACAAAUUAUUAUUUUAUAGUUAACCAGCAAUUUGAGUGAAAACAUGAAACAAAACAUUCAUCUGAAUUUAAAAAAAAAUCAAGAAUUUUACUAGUUCAAUUAAAUCAGUGGGUCAUUAGGUCUUUAAAAAAAAUUAAAGGGUUUCCAAGAGGAUUUUUUUUUUUUUUUUUUAAAUAUUUUCUCCCCUUUAGUGGGAACCUGUCUACUUGCAGCAUAUUAUGCUUUGAGUUUAUCAACAACAGGUAAUGGGGGAAACUAUAAAACCCUAAAAAAGUUCACUUGUGAAAUUUGGCUACUAGAAGAAUCUUCUGCAUCACCUUGGUAGGAGAGCUGCUUGCUAACCAAACAGAACUGUGUCUCCCGACAAUUUUUAUAUAAAUUACCCGACAGUAUGUUGAAGCAGACGUGAGGGAAACAUUAAUUGGAAUCAGCUGACAAUAUUAAGGGAGAAUGAGUAAUGGGAAGAUUUUUAUCACAAAGGAAAUGUGAGAACUCCACAAACUCUCGAAACCAGACAACUAAAAGAUCUUGUCGUUGCUUAAGAAACAACUUCCCCCAUGUGACCAAAAGCAAAUUUUUCAGGAGAGUGUACCUAAUAACAUUGUGUGUAAUGCUAGAACUGAAUGAUAGCCAAUGUUAGAAAACUGACCAUAGCAGCACAUUGUUGGAUUUUCGAGGAAUUCACGUAGUGAAAACUGAAAAGACAAUAAAUGGUGACGUUUCAACAGAAAAGCUAAAGACUAAUUUUCAGUUGUUUCUUAAGUGACAUUGUAAUGUGACACUGACUUUACAAUAGUCAUAGAACUGUGAGAGUCAGAUUCUUAAUUAAUUUAAAGAGCCAAAAUUCACAAACUGGCAUUUGCACAAUGCAAGGUACAACUAUGCCGUACUAGUGCUUACAGUCUCUUACAUCCUUAGGUCAGGCAAUGAGCCAGCUUUUGAGAUGUCCUUAUUUAUUAUCAUGCUGUGCUCUCACUCAAACAUUAAUUUUUUUACUUGCUAAUUUAACACCUCUGGUUGAACUCACCAUGUAAGUUCAGAUUAUUUUUGAAGUUAAUGGAAUAUGUCACAUUUACAGAUGUAGGUGGGAAAUAAUACAUUUUUCUCAAUCUUUAUUUCCUUUACUGCAUGUUGCCCCAUAGCCAGGUACUCGACAGUCUUCUAGCGCAUAUGUAUCUCGAGUGCUGGAUGUAAUUAGGUGGUUACACAUGUUGCAUUUCACUCUCAAGAAUUUGAAGAUCAUUAAUGUUAAAUUUUUUUUUCCUUCACUUCUUGAGGACAAACUUUAAAACAAAUAAAUUAAUAAAUUUAAUCUGAGUCAUUCAGUUUAAAUAAUAUUUAGACCUAUAGUAUCCUCCCUUUUUUUUUAUAAGUUAGUGAUUGUUUAAAUAAAAAAAAUUAUAUAUAUACUUUAAAUUGUCCUAGGCCCUAUUAUGUUUUUCCAACAAUUUUUACAUAUUGAGUAAUUCAAAUCUGUUUGGAAAGUAUAACAGCUUUAACAUCCACAACCCAAAUGAAAAUGAUUUGAGAAUAAAAAUGUUUGCGAUGACCUUGCUUCAAAUGAGAAUGUGGCUACUCCAACUUACAAUGUUUCUUGUGAUGCAUAAUUUAAAGGAUGAAAUCCAAACACUAAUCUGCACCACCUGGCCUUAAGUUAUGUACAGGGUGCUCUGUUUCCAUCAUCAGUGAUCACAUGUCCAUGUCCAUCAGUGUCUGUCACAUCUUGCCUAGGGGUCACCUGCCUUCCCUCAGAAUGAAGCUAAAGAUUGGCAUUCCUUGAUGCAAUUGGUCAAACUUUAAAAUCAAUAUUUCCUGUUUAUCAACUGUAUACCCUCCAGACAGACUCAGUAGUGAUGUUCCUUAUACUAUGUGUUUAGCCCGGGCAAUGCUGGGUACUUCAGCUGGUAUGUAUAUCUACACCUUUGGGUUGAAGUAUCCAGUAUUGCUUAGGCUUUAUGUUAAGUAGAUUUUUUUUUUUUAAGGAAGUAAUCUGAAUUUAAAAUGUAAUGUUUUAUUUCAAAAAUUGAAACUACUGUUAGAUGGAGGGAGUAGUACUUUUUUUCCUUCAAAAUCAGAUGUAGACAACAAUUAGAAUUAACCGCUUAUUUUGAAUGUCAAUCAUAGAAAAUUUCAAGUACCAAAUUUCAGCUAUAAGGUGUGGGAAAGGUAGAUGGGGUGGUUUUCAGUAAUCUUAUGCGAACAAUGAUCUUACUUUUUUUUCCGAAACAGCUGUAUACAGUAAUUUUCAUUUUAAUUUAUCUUUCAGUUGGGUAAAAUUCUAUCCAGAAGUACCAAUGUUCUGUAUGGGGCGAAAAAAAGGGAUGGGGUGGCUUUUGCAAAAUAUGUUCAUAAUCAUCUUCCUCUUUUUUCUAAAGCAGGAACCUGUAAUAUUCUUCUCAUUUUUAAUGUCAAUUGUGCCAAGUUUGAAAUAAAACUUUAGAAUUGUAUAAAAAAAAAAUCAAACAAGUUAUUCUUUGUGAGUAUGGAUAUAUGUACAUAUAUUCACGAAUAUCCAUAAUCUAUCACUUUGACGGUGUUAGUAUGAUUUAUUUUUAUUAUAAGUAAAAAAAUUAAUGAUGUAUUACUACCUGGUGUAAAAUAACCAAAACCAAUGAACUGAGGUAUGUAUUUAAAGUUACUAUCACAAUUAGUUUAACAAUUAAGUAAUAAUAUAAUUUCUUUAACUAUAGUGUUAAAAUGAAAUACGUUAUAUAAGAAAAAUUGGUUGUCUGUAAAGUCGGUUUACGGACGAUAGUUUAACGUGACGUCAUAACCAACCAUUGAUGAAAUGAUUGAUUCAGAAGAAAAGGAAAUAUCAUAUUCGGCCUGAGACUGAGCCGUAAUAGGCUUCUGCAACCAAACCAUUUAGGCAUUAAAAAUAUUAUAUUCUUUGAGAAAGAUUAUUUUUUUUUAUUUGAAUCAUAUUUAUUGAAUUAUCACUAUUUUGUAUGGAUACAAAGGAGUGAAAUGAAAUGUACAAUUUAAUUAAUAAAUUUACUUUUAGUUGCAUUCAUUCAUUAAUUCGAAUAUAUUUAUUACUAUUGAAAUGUUGCGUGCACCCCUAUUUAUUUUUAGAACAAAAAAAAUUGUACAUCUGCCAGGAUCCGAACCGACAACCUUUGGAUUGAAAGUUUGUGACGCUGACCGCAAGACCACAGGGCUAUACAUGAAAUCUAAUUGUUUCAAAUGAUAUAUAUAUUUAUAAACUUUUUUUCAUGGUAGGGGAAUAAUAUUAUUUCGUUUUUAUAACACGAUUUGAUAACAAAUACACAUCCCAAAUACACCAAACUUAUUUAUAAUGUGUUACAAUAUUUUUUAAAACAUUGUGCAAAAGAUCCCGGGUGUAAUUUGAAUUAUUAUGUGUAACUGUAAAACUCCAUUGUUGGUUCAAAACGUAUUUGAAUAUUCAACAUUACUUUUAAAUAACCGUACCAAUUGUGCUGAAAAUCGGUGGACGAUCGUUAAAUUACAUAAUAUUAAUAAUUCAAAUGACGAAAAUAUAAUUGAAAAGUCAAAUCGAUGGUUGUUACAAUCAAGUGGGAGAUGCCGCGCAUGCGUACAAUGAGCAUGAAGAGAGAUGCCAUGCAUGCGUACAAUGAGCAAACAGGGCACAUCCGUAGUGGGACAUCCGUAGUGGGACAUUUUUUCGUGCGUGCAGCCGGCGUUCCAUUUAUUAGACGUCACGUCAAAAAGUAAAACCAAAAAUUAUUCUCUACGGACAGCAUUCAAUCCCGAAAAUUUUGAGUCCGAAGACACACAACCACUGAAACGGGAAAGAAUAACAAAGUUUGGAAAAUAUGUGGUAAUUAAUUUUUAAAGUUUAUAAAAUUUAUUCAAGAAUUGUUUUGCUACCACAUAGAUUUAUUUCUCACACCUAUAUGCUUUGUGUCCCCCCCCGAUGUUCACUUAAGCGAACAUAUGUAGGUUAAUGCUGCCAAACUUGGUCAGCUAUUUAGACAACUUCUCCCAGGGCCGCAACUAGGGGGGGGGGGGGGGGGCAAGCGGGGCAUAAGCCCCGGGCGCAAAGCUGUGGGGGCGCCGAAAUCGCUUGCAUUGUAAUUCCUACUAGUGGGUUCAUGCAUGGAAGUUACAGUAGCACAGAAACUGUUACAUGUAGGUACCAAAAAUGCUUAAAUAGCACCAUUUUUCCGUGGGAGGGCCCCCAGACCCCCGCUUUAUUGGUGUGGUAUGUGCAAAAAAAGAGGGGGGGGGGGGGGCGCAUGAAUCCAUUCAUGCCCCGGGUGCCAGAGACUCUAGUUGCUGCCCUGACUUCUCCCACUUAAUUGCAUUUCCUUUACUUACUAAAAUUUAAGCUUCAAUGCCAAAAAGAAGUAUGACUUCAAAAACUUAAAGAGCAGCUUUUUUUCUAGCCUUCACAGAGCUUAUUUGUUUCUUCCUUUGUGUUUGAUGUAAAGAAAAUGAACUGAACAUUGAAAACACCACUGAAAAUUGGUUAGUUAAUAUUUAUUCUACUAUUUUGCAGAUUUAUGCGCAUUAAGGCCUGCUCACCUGCUCUUUUGCAUUAAUAUGUAAGACAUCCAGUUUCAUAUCAAGUAUUGCUUCACACGUAAAAUAUUGCAGAUUGCUAUAACAAAUUAGGUGCAAAUUGGAGACUGCCAACAGCAGGUACUCUAUGUAAACCCGAAAGUAGCCAAUGGCUUUUACCUUGGUCCAGGCUGUAAUAUAUAUCCAUUUAACCAUCAAACAAUAAGGUGAAAUAAACUUUAUUUGUCAAAUUUUUAUUUUUUCCUGCAGAAAAUUGUAAAAAAAAAAAAAAAAAAAAAAAUGUUGUGAACCAAUACAAUUAUGAAUCAAUUCACAGUAUUUUAAGUGCAUAAUAUAAUAAGUAAAUCCCUGUAAAGAUGUUUUUCCAGGUACUUGGAAAUUAACACUUAUUAACAGGGAAAUUGUAUUUAUGUAUAGGUCAUGUGCUAAUUUUUUUAAAACUUAUGCAGGAAAUUUAAGUAAAAUCAGAGUUGGCUGGUUUAAACCAAGUGGUUUUUUUUAUGAAAAACCAAACUUUUUUUAAUAAUGUAUUUUUAAAUAGAAUAUCUUAAUUUUUUAAAUGAAAGGCCUAAUUCAUCUCUAAUAAAAGUUUGCUCAUUAAUAUUUCUUGUGAUUUACAGGAACAAAAAAUUAUAUACUAAUCAAGACAUAAUUUAAAUUAUCUAAAUAAGCUGUAAAUCAUACCCAGCUAAAUACUACUCUAGAAUUAAAAAUUAUAAACAGUUGAUUUCUAUUAUUUGGGAAAUCCCCAAAUGUACUGUAAAUACCCAUUCUGUGAGACAUAAAUUCUAUGGAGAAUCCUCCUGUGAGGAAAUACCCUUUCUGUGGUUAAGUCCCAGUCAGAUGUGCAGAUUUGCUGGACUUCAGUUCUUUGAUGUUACAACUUUUCUGGUUCAACAUGAGUGGCAAAAAGCAGGAUGUUGUAUGGCUUUCAUUUGAACAUGGUGAGAACCAAAAUAACUAAUGUAAUAAAAAACCUGGCUUAAAAAAAAAAAAAACUCAGGUUGUUUGGUUUUUUCCCCCAACCCUGAGUAGGAUUUACCAAGAGAGUUUGUACUGUAUUUCAACAAUACACUUUUGAGACAUUCUGAGUGGUUUUGUGGAAUCUCUUGUUAGUAAUAAAAAAAAUAAUAAUUAUAUUUGUAAUACUUAUACUUUGAUGGAUAUAACUUCUGCAAUAUUCCCUCACAAUUUUGUUACAACAUAGAAUUUUCACCCUAUUAUCUCUGAAAUGCAUAUACAAACACAAGAAAGGUGACUUACCUAAUUGGAAGUUUAUGUUCAGGGUGAAGAGGUUUUAUUUUAUAAAAUACAAAUAGAAACUACAUAGUGUAAAACAAAAAUAUCUAAUGAUGAUGUUGGCUAUUCUGUCGACUAUCCCUUAAAAGUAUCUAACAUAGUUUGUUUUUCAAAAUAGAAUAAAAAAAUAAAAUAAAUUAUAUUAAAAUUAAAUAUAUAUAUAUAACACAUAAAAUAAUGCCAUUAAAAUAAAAUAUUUAAUAUAUAAAAUCAUUGUAAUUAACCCUUUUCUUGGCAAAAUGUACUAUAAGAUACGUAUUAUUAUUUUAUUAUUCAUAUAAAUAAUCUAUGUAACGCAACUCUUGGCGUUGUAUGUGUCAGGAUACACAUUAGAAGUUGAAUCUACACGGUGCUGCCAUCUGUAGUGUCAUGUUGCAACUACGUGAACCUUCUUCAAAACAGUCAAGUGGACAAAAUGUCUGUCCACAUGAACAGAGCAAGCGUUUUUAGUGUUUUUAAAUUUAAUGUAUCCCUACACUGCAUAUUGUAUCACAUCUGAGACAAUUAGUAAAAACCGUUCUAAUUUUUUUUCCAUGUCACAGGUUGUGGUUAUGUGCAUGGUGUAUCAAAUAAGAUACAAUAUGGAAGUGUUACAGUUCAUUGGAACAUUAGUAGAUGGCACAAAAGAUUAUAAAUUGGUGGUUGUUGUUCGGUAUUUAAAUGGUUCUAUAUCUCUAUGGCAACUGGUACAUAUUUGAUAUUUUUAUCUAUGCAUCCAGCAGUGGUCUGUUGUAAUUAGAAAACAUUGUUGCAUUGAAUGUAAAUUUGGAGUUUAUGCCUAUAACUGUCUCAUCAGUGUAGUAAAAGCAAUUUAUUUUAUAAUUUGUUAUUUCCCUUUGUAUCAUAUAUGAUACACCAUGCAGUGAAGUGAUGUUUGUACAUUUGUGAAAAUAUUCCUUUUGAUUUGUUUACUUUUUCUUCUAAAGUAUUUGUGUUGAUGUAAUCUAGUAUUAGGGAUAGCAACGAAGUGAUUUCUUCACUUGGAAUACCAUUUGGCAGUGAGGAUGAACUCGAAGAAACUUCAGAUGACGAACUCUUGAAUGGUAGAAACAUAAUGACACUUUUACACACAUGGAAUUUUUUUAUGAUGAUGUCUGUGACGCUCCUGAACCAUCUGAAAUUGUAGAUGUUAUCAGUGAACCAGAACAACAGCUUUCAUCUUCCACAUCUGUACCGGUAGAUAAACAAAAGAGCAAAGCCAGCAACAAGAAGCAGCCAGUUGCGGCAUCUAAGUGUUCUAGUUUGCCAUCAACCCCUUGGAAAGAGGAAUCUUUUGCAAAACCCGAUAUUAUGUUCACAGGACAGACUCAUUUGCCAGAAGAUGUCAUGGAGCUCAAAACACCGUACCAGUUUUUUUGAUAUUUCUUCACAGACAAUAUUGUUGACAAAAUUGUUGAAGAAACAGUCCGAUAUAGUGUACAAGUGAACCCCAACAAGCCUUUCAAUAUCAUAGAGGAUGAGAUAAUUAAAUAUAUUGGUAAGAUAUGCAUAGUGAUGUCCAUUGUUCAUUUGCCAAAUGCAAGAACAUAUUGGAACAAUGAACUGGGCAAUAAAAUGGUCCAAGAAACGAUGUCUGUCAAUCAUUUUGAAAAAAUUAGGCAGUUAUUGCACAUAAACAACAAUGAUACAAUGCUACCGAAAGAGGAUCUGGGACAUGACAGACUCCACAAACUUCGCCCUGUGUUUGACAGGUUUGUACAGAACUUUCAAAAAAUCCCAGCUGAGGAAUCGCUGCCAGUAGAUGAGCAGUUAUGUGCAACCAAGGCCCGACAUUACCUGAAACAGUACUUACCCAUAAAGCCACACAAGUGGGGCUACAAACUGUUUGUCUUGUCUGGUGUUUCAGGGUUUGCCUACAACAUCGAAAUCUACACAGGCCAAGAAAAUACAGCAGUUCGGCCACAAUCUGAACAAGAUCUUGGUGCAUGUGCAAAUGUGGUAGUUAGACUGUGCAGAGUUUUGCCACACAAUGUACACCACAAAGUGUACUUUGACAACUUUUACACAACAUUGCUGUUGCUUGUGCAGUUAGAAAAAUGGGGAAUACACAGCCUUGGAACUGUAAGAAAAAACCGCAUCCCCAAACCAGCUUACCCAGAGGACACACAAAUGAAACACAGGGGGUAUUGUAUUGGAAGAGUAGCCACUGUUGAUGAUGUAGUGGUAACAGCUUGGUUAGACAACAAAGUGGUGAAUUUGGCCUCCACUUUUGUGGGAGUAGAGCCAAUUUCAUAACUGGAGCGCUUCAACAAAAAGAAUAAGAAGGUAAUUGAAAUUGACUGCCCAAACAUAAUCAAACAUUACAACCACCACAUGGGUGGUGUCGAUUUACUAGACAGUAUUCUGGUGUGACACAAAAUAUCCAUGCGAACCAAAAAAUGGUAUCUUCGACUGUUCUACCAUUUGAUAGAUCUGGCUCUUACAAAUUCAUGGCUAUUAUAUCGCAGAGUCAACCAGGCAAAGAACCCAGACAAGAAAUCUGUCACUAUAUCUGCAUUUAGAGAAGAUGUAGCAAGGACGCUUUGCCAAUUGGGCAAAACGACAACCCCAAAAAGAGGUCGACCAUCAGAUCUUGAAAAAAAUCUGUUUAAGAAGCAAAGUUGAUAGAGGUACACAUGUUCCCAGCAAAGAUGUGAGGACUGACCAGACAAGUCACUGGCCAACAUGGGAUCAGUCACGGAAUCGAUGCAGAGUCCCUACAUGCAAAGGACUUACAUUUGUGAAGUGUUCCAAAGGUAGUGUGUUCUUAUGCUUUAACAUAGACAAAAUUUGUUUCUUCUCAUUCCAUAAUGAUUGAAAAUAAAUCAAAUGGACAUGUAUAUAGAUGGUGGUGAAGUAGAUUUAAAGUCACAAUGUUUAUGUUUUGCUUUGUGUGUAAAUGCAUGAUGUAUCAUAUAGGUUACAAAUAGUGUUUAUCAAUUUUAUUUAAAAAAUAUUUGUCAAAUAUAUAUAUUUUUAACACUUUUCUGUGUUUUUAUAGGCUGUUUUCUACACAGAACAAGAACUUUGACUAAAAAAAAAAAUAUCAUGCAGUGUAGGGAUAUAUUCCUAUCAUAUAAUAAGUGUUUUUGUUAACAGGGAUGUUUUGUAAAGAAAAGUUCUUGAUGUCUGCAUAGUUAGUAACAGUUCUUGAAGUAUUAUAAUAAUUAUUUGAUUUAUUUUUUUAUGUAUCUCUGGAGAUACAUUGCCAUGAAAAGUUAACAGUAAAUAUGGUUUUGUCAUAAAUUAGAUGUGCACUAAUAUACACAUUGCAGAGAACUGCACAAGUGAUAAUAACAUUAUUCUUUCAAACUUUGUUAUCUAAAAAAAUAUUUUAUGAAUUAAGAUGUUAUAUAUAGUUUGGCUGCCUAUUGGUUGAACAUAUUACCAAAUGUUAGCCAUCAAGGCAGGGUGAAAUUUUUAUAUUACCAGAGAGCAAUUAAAGUGAAGUACAUUUUUUCACAUUGAAGGUUGUGUUGUAAAUACCAUGCAGAUAUAGAUGUAAUUCCACUCCGAAAUUUUGAUUUUGUAAUGGAUGAUACUUUACCCCAAGUCGACGUUUUAGAAGCUUUUGUUCAUGGCUCCACUGAUAAUGAUCAAAAUAUUGGUUUUAUUGAUCAAAGUAUUCCUUCUGCUUCAAAUGAAGUGCAAGUUAUAUCGGAUGAUACAACAGAAAACUUACCACAUUCACCUGGUGGAACACAUCGACAGGCUACUACUUCUGCAAUAACUUUGGCAGGUCAAGAACACCAACGUAGGAAUGUCUGCAGUCACACUCGGCAAGCCACGCUGAGAUUUCCUUUUACGUAAGUAAGACUGUGAUAUUACUCUUACCUACAAAAUGAGUGUGUUGUAUAACAAAUAUAAGUUGUUAUUGUAGAAUGCUUAGGAGCUAUUUGUUUUGAGUGUUCAGUAAUAAUUAUACAGGUAUUGGUAUUCAUUUGCAUUCAUUACUUUUCCAUUAUAUUACAGAUGGAAGGAUGAAACUUUUUAAUACAAAGUGGAAGUGGAAGAUGACCAUUUCUCAAAUCCGGCAACAUUACGAUCCCCACUGGAGUAUUUUAAGACAUUUUUUGAUGACGAAACAGUAGACCUUAUAGUUUUGAAUACGAACUUAUAUUCAACGCAACAGUCAGGUAAAAGUGUAAACACAAAUUGUAGUGAAAUUUGUGAUUUUCUUUCUAUUGAGUUGAUGAUGGGUGUAAUUCAAUUGCCUGCAUAUACUGAUUACUGGGCACAGUCAACGAGAAUUGAACAGGUAGCUUGUGUCAUGCCAUUGAAGCAGUAUCAAACUCUCAAAAGGUACCUACAUUUUGUGAAUAAGGAUGCUAUGAAUGAAGACAGGUAUUUCAAAAUAAGACCACUGUUAGAAAAUAUUAGAAAAAAUUGUUCAUCUGUUGAACAAGAACGUAGAUGUUCUGUUGAUGAAAUGAUGGUACAGUAUAAGGGAACUAGGGCAGGGUCUAGGUGCCAGUACAUGAAAUCAAAAACCAAAAUGUGGGGAUUGAAAAUGUUUGUUAGAUCUGGUGUUUCAUGUAUUGUUUAUGAUUUUUGUAUUUAUGCUGGUCUUGACACAUUUCAGGGGAUUUCCUUUACAAACAUUGAAGAGUGUCUUGGUUUUGGAGCCAAGGUAGUUAUUGCACUCUGCAAGUCAAUACCAAAUCCCCAAUGCAUAGUUGUAUACUUUGACAACUUUUUUUCAUCCCUUGAACUGAUUACAUAUCUUCGUGAAGAGUUUGGGAUUCUUAGUCUUGGGACACUGCGUACCAACAGACUAAGAGGGUGUGUGAUGAGGAAUGACAAAGCUUUGAAAAAAGAUGGUAAAGGGAGUUUUCAACAGCUAGUGGAUGAUGAACACCGGUUAGUUCUUGUGAAAUGGUGUGAUAAUAGGAGUGUCAUAUUAGGCAGUUCAUACACUGAUGCUCAUCCAGUGGGAAGUGUAAAACGUUAUAGUAAAUAACUGGGUCGGAAAAUAGACGUAAGUUGCCCUAAAAUUGUAAAAGAUUACAACAUGCACAUGGGUGGUGUUGAUCUCUCUGACAUGUUGGUUGCUCUGUAUAGAACAGGGUUCAGAACACAUCGCUGGUACACGGCUAUAUUCUCUCAGCUAUUAGAUAUAUGUGUCAAUAAUGGGUGGCUUUUGUACAGAAGGGAAUUAGCUCUCACAGAUGGGGGAAACAAAACCAAGGCACUCUCUCUGAAGGAAUUUAGGUUAUCAAUAAUUCAAGGCCUUCAACACAAAACAAAGAAACGGGGCCGUCCUUCAGAAGAACUUGUAAAACUUAGCAAGCAGAUUCAUAGACCUGUAGUUCCCAGACCAAUUGAUGAAGUACGUUAUGAUGGAGUAGGUCACUUUCCUAUACAUGAUUUGAAGGGUAGAUGCAGAUACUGUACAAAAGGCCAGUCUACAGUUUUCUGUACAAAGUGUAAUCUCAGAUUGUAUUUUACUGAGAAGAGGAAUUGUUUUCUGUCAUACCAUACAGAAUGAUGUGCUCCCAUGUCAGUGUAACUUUUGACUACGGGAUGUAAGAUUUUACAAGUAUGGGUGUUACAUAUAAAAAAAUUAGGUAUUUAGUUUUUGUGUGUAUCAAAAAUGUUUUAUGUAACUAGGUUAUGCUUGGUAAAAUCAGCUUAUGUAAAUUUUCUUGUUGUAUACUUAUUUCUUAUAAAUGUUACAUGUUAUUGUCAUAUUUUUGAACCAGACAUGGGUGACAUAACUGAUAAAAUAACUAACAGUUUUAUCAUUUGAAGUGUUUUAGGUGACUGUGCGGUAUGUGGCAAUGUAUCUCAAAAGAUACAACUUAUUAAAUUCUUACCAAAUGUGUAAUUAAUUUGUGUUUUUAAUGAAAAUCCCAUAUUAAUGGCCAUUUGUAAACAAAAAUUGAAAAAAAAAAAAUUUUAAAUUGCAUUUUAUAGUUUUGCCAAGAAAAGGGUUAACUAUACAUUAUUCUGAAGUCAAAAAUAUCAUAAAUAAAAGGUAAAAUAUAACACAAACCACAAUUUAAACAACUUGAACCCAUUCCACCCAGACAUGUAAACAAGAUUACAUAAAUAAUUUUGAAGAAUGAAAAUGGUGAUAUUCAAUAUUGCAAGUUUUUCACUGUACAAAAAAAAUUGGUACAGGAAAAUAAUUUUAUUUUGUAACACAAAUCUUGACUGUAUUAUAUUAAUUCGAAACAUCAAACCUAAACAUCACCACAAAGCUGCCAUGUCAGCCAUUUAAGUAAAUUUUAAAUUUUCUGCAUUUUCAUACAUUUAAUCUAUAAUAGAUAUUGUCUGUACUAAACAAAUAAUGAAAAUCACAAUUCUUAACACAUGUUUCUCACAGACAAUACAAUAAUAUUAUUAUUUGAGCUAUUCUAGCAUUAAAAUUAAGAGUGGAAUACAUAUGGCUAGUUAAAUCAGUGUUGUCUGGUCAUUAUAAGUCUGGCGUAAGACGUGAAGGAAAAUAUAACCGAAAUGAAUCCACCAUAAAACAUACAUUGUUCAACUGUGCAAUUGAGAAUAUACGGGUAUCAGAAUUUAAAUAUUAGGGAAAAAAGAAGAAGAAAAAGUUUUUAAGGAAAAAAGUUAAAUUUACUGUUUACCAGAGUUGAUUAUCAUACUUAUUUUAAAAUAACUGAAUGGCACCCACUUGUAUAGAAGAAGAAGAAGAAGACUGUCUAAGUUAAUCAUAACUGGUGACAUUUGCUUAUUAUGUCCCAACAUGUAACCACAUUUUAGGUUAAAAAAAAAUAAAUAAAAAAAAUCUACAUUUAAGUAUGAUGGGAUAAACUGGCAUUAUCUAUCAACAUUUCCUAAAACUUAAAAACAGAAGUCUUGGGUGGAUGGGUACCAGUUCUUUAGUAUAUCGUACACAAAAUAACACACUUCAAAAUCAAUACUGACAAAUAAAACUAAUAUUAAUACACACUUUCAUUAAGUAGCUAUGCAGGCACAUCUUAAAAAUUGUGUAGGGUAAUGGUAUGUCAGUGUGAUUGUUUAUAUCAAAAAAAGUAACAAUGCAACUAACACUAAGAACUUAUUUUUGCACUUCCUACCACUUAACUUCAACACUAUUGGAGCAAUUAAAAUACCUAAUCAAGUUCAUUGAUUUGCUCAGUAAUUUUUUCAUUGUGGUUGUUUACUGACUAAUUAUUUUCCUUUGUUCACUGUGGAUUUACUCAAAAAAGAUCGUAGGACAACUACAUGAUCUAUUACACUCGCACAUUUACACAACUUUAUGAUUCUAUAUUGUUUCUAAAUUAUAAAAUGACGUAUCCUCAUUUUAAAUUAUACUUUUGAGUUUAGUGCAUGGCUACUCAAUUAGUUUAUUUGUUGGCCAUUAGCACAAAAAAAAAAAAAAAAAUGCUGGAAUCAUAAAAGCCUGACAGGCACGAAAUGAUUGAUGCGAAGCAAAUAAAAUAUUUGUAAAACAUUUUACACAUUUGUAAAAUUGGCGUUACAAAAUACACGGAUACAAUGUUACUGAAACGAGCAUGAAUUAUGUUUCUGAAUA